GACUGCAGAGAGAGAGGAGGAGGAGUUGAGUUACCGCCGCGGCCCCCCCUGUGCAGCAGAGCCUGGACGCUCCCGCCGGCCACAGAAGUGAGGGUGCUUACAAACGUCCCGGCCUCAAACCUGCUCCUUCCACCAGCGGCCUUCUUCCCGCAACCGGAUUCGGAACGACCGCACACACAGACUCCUCAGCCCCAUCGCAGCUGCUCCCGCCCAUCGGCGCCACGCUGCUCCUUUCCGGAGCAGGGGAACCGGCUGAGGCUGGCAGGCCGCUCACUAAAUACAGGAGACUCAAGCUUCACUAAGUACAGCAGACUCAAGACAAAUCUCUCUCCCCCCCUUCUCUCUCUCCCUCUGCGCGACGGCCUACAAACGACCCGGCCUCAAACCGGCUCCUUCCACCAGCGGCCUUCUUCCCGCAACCGGAUUCAGAACGACCGCACGCACAGACUCCUCAGCCCCAUCGCGGCCGCUCCCGCUCAUCGGCGCCACGCUGCUCCUUUCCAGAGCAGGGGAACCGGCUGCGUCUAGCAACCGCUGCCGACACGGCGCCCAUGCGGCAUGGCAGCCUCAGAGCCAGUUCCCCUGCUAUGAUAAAUGAAGGUUAUCUGGGCACUCAUAUUAGAAACUGCUGCCGAGGAAGAUUUGCCCUCUUCAGUAAGAGUAGACACUGGCAAGGGCUACCCCAGCCACAAGUACUGCAACUGCAUCAAAACAGAUCCUCCACCCAAAUCAGUGUGGUGUUAAUCAGGCAGGAUGGCUGCACAUCUGAGGAUAAACCAUAACCUUGGCAAAGGAAUCCGACAAGCUUCAGAAAGACCAGCUGAGAAAUAAGAGAUGGAAUGCCCAUCCCAGAGUUGUGUGUGGUGUGCAUCCCUCAAAGCCGCUGCGUCUCCAAAGACUCCUCUGCUUUCUAAGCGAGGCAUCCAACAAGAGGACAAUGUGGUGGAGGAAGAGCCAGAAGCCGGGCCCUCCGUGGCAGAACCACCCAGACCGCUACCGCUGCAAGAUGAACCCAUCCGUGUUGUGCACGUCACCACGCAGACCACCAUGCUGCCCCGCGUCGCGCACGUCGCCACGCAGACCACCAUGCUGCCCCAGUCCACCCAGACAACCAGUCUGGAGGAUUUAAUGGCCAUGAUGGAAAUCAUGGAUAGCAAAAUCAACACCCAAGGUCAGCAGUUUGAGGAGCAUCGGAAGUCCACACAGAACACCAUCACAAAGAUGGAGACGUUGUGGAUUCCUGGUCUGCACCACAGAUUGCGUGUUGUGGAGGCAGAACAGGGCGCCUCAAAGUUGACAGGCCAGGCUCCGGACCAGCGCUAGCGUGUGAUUUGCACAACACCACUCAAGGGUGUGUGCGUGGGAACCCAGCCUCGUCCAGCUGACGUGCCACCGCCUGGAAUGUUGGAGCAGUGAGGAGCGGGGUGCUCCCCAUCAGUCUCUCCGCUUUGCCUGCCCUCUUAAUAAAAGUAUUAUUUAGUUAUGUUUAAGGUUUCCAUUAAAAUUC